UGUUGUCUCCAUUCAUAGCCUGAAGCAGAAUACAAGCUGCAGCUGCUCAGACUGAGGCGACAACAAAGGGUUAAAUGCGCCAUUGUUCACCUCCCCGAAUAAUCCAGGAUCAUGUUUCCAGGGGAGCCUGUUGUGCACGGACAAUGGCUUCCUGUGUGUCCUCCCCACAUGUGACUAGAGAAGAGGAGAUGACAGGGACAGUCUUCACAUCCUUACUAGAAGCCCCCGGACUGCACUGAGAGGAUCCUCAGCUACAGGACUCUCAGGUAAAUAUUUAUUCGACAGACCAUGGUCCUUCAUAUAAAUGACCGACCAAGGAUGGAGAAGGACAGAGACCACAUGUCUGGGAGGAUAUUAGAUCUCACCCUAGAGAUGAUCUACUGGAUCACUGGAGAGGAUUACACAGUAGUGAAGAAGUCGUCUGGUGAGUGUGUGACACCCCGUGUGUCAGGAGGCUGGAGCAGGAGCCAGAGCCCCGCCCCCGAGGAGCCUUUACCUCAUUCACUGAUACAUGAGCAGAAAAUCCUAGAACUUGAACUUGAUCAUUGAACUGCUGACUGGGAAUGCUGGGACAUUAUACAAUAAUAUCAAGGUUCCUAUAACGUGCAAGAUUUCUGUGUUUAUUUCUCCAUGGAGGAGUGGGAGUAUUUAGAAGAACACAAAGAUGUGUACAAGGUUGUCAUAGCGGAGGAUUCCCAUUGUCCCACAUCUCCAGAUGGCUCCAGUAGUAUAAAUCCCCCGGAGAGCUGUCCCCGUCCUCUAUAUCCCCAGGAUUGUAAAGAGGAAGAGGAGGAUAUCCCACUGGACCAUCAGGUCCAUAAUGUGGGAUCAUUGCAGGAAAGUAAUAGAGGAACAAUAGGUGGACUCCAAAACCCCAUAUCAGAGAAUGAAGAGAAGACCUUUUUAUGCCUGGAAUGUGGAAAACAUUUUACUAAGAGGAAAAAUCUUGUUAGACAUCAGAGAAUUCACGCGGAAGAGAAGCCAUUUUUAUGCUUGGAAUGUGGAAAACGUUUUACAGCUAAAUCAAAUCUUGAUAGACAUUGGAGAAUCCACACAGGAGAGAAGCCAUUUUCAUGUUCAGAAUGUGGCAAAUCAUUUCGUGUUAAAGCAUAUCUUGUGGACCAUCAGAGAAUUCACACAGAAGAAAAGCCAUUGUCAUGCUUGGAGUGUGGGAAAUGUUUCACUGUGAAAUCGCACCUUCUGAAUCAUCAGAGAACUCACACAGGAGAGAAACCAUUUUUAUGCUUGGAAUGUGGCAAAAGUUUUACCAUGAAAUCAAAUCUUCUUAGACAUCAGAGACUUCACACGGGAGAGAAGCCGUAUUCGUGUCCUGAAUGUGCAAUAUGUUUUACUAAUAAAUCAAGUCUUGAUUAUCAUGUGAGACACCACGCAAGAGAGAAGCCGUUCUCAUAUACAGUAUGAGGGAAAUGUUUUAACCAAAUAUCAAAUCUGUGGAUCAUCUUAAAGGAGAUCUCCACGAAAAUUAACUAAUUCCCUAUCCAAAGGAUAAAGGAUAGGUAGCUGAUCGCUGGGGGUCCUACUGCUGGACCUCCCACACUCGCCGGGAUGGGAUCCAGCUCUCAGUGAGGAGUGUGGGCUGCAGCCAACAUGUACUCCAUUCAUUUCUAUGGGAGGGCCGAAAAGACCCGAGUACAGCUCUCGGCAUCAUCGGUGAUUCCAUAGAAAGAAGGGAACCAGUUGACGACAUGCACUCCAUCCCGUCCUGAUGAUCGCGGGGUGCCCCGUGGUCAGCUACUUAUCUCCUAUCCUGUGAAUAGGGGUAAGUUCAUUUUUGCCGGAGCCAUAUCCAUGUUCAGAAUGUGGAAAAUUUAUGAGUAAGAAUUCACAUCAAAUGAGUCAAAUCUUAUUUGACUUAUAGACCAAAUCUUAGUAAACAGUAUGAAAACUCCCACGGGUGAAGCCAGUUUCAUGUUUAUUAUGUGAAAAAUGUUUUACUUGAAAAUCAGGUGUGUCUGGCCAUCCUUAAAGGGGUUCUCUUCUGAAAAACAUAUAUAUAUUUUUUUAAAUCAACCGAUGCCACAAAGAAGAUUUGUAAAUUACUUCUAUUUAAAAAUCUUAAUCCUCCUCUUUUCAGCUGCUGUAUGAUCCACAGGAAGUUCUUUUCUUUUUGAAUUUCUUUUCUGUCUGACCACAGUGCUCUCUUCUGACACCUCUGUCCGUACCAGGAACUGUCCAGAGCAGGAUAGGUUUGCUCUGGGGAUUUGCUCCUACUCUGGACAGUUCCUGACAUGGACAGAGGUGUCAGCAGAGAGCACUGUGGUCAGCCAGAAAAGAAUUCCAGUCAGCAAUACAACUUCCUCUAUUGUGUACAGCAGCUGAUAUGUACUUGAAGGAUUAAGAUUUUUAAAUAGAAGUAAUUUACAAAUCUGUUUAACUUUCUGGCACCAGUUGAUUCCAGUGGAAUACUCUUUUUAAACUCCUACAUUCUAGAAGCCAUUUCCAUUUCACAAAUGUGGGAAAUGUUUGUCUGUGUGUGUAUGGAUAUAUAUUUGUAUAAGUGUAUGAAAAUAUAUAGUCAUAUGCAAAGAUAAUGGAAGGAUUUUUUAUUUUAUUUUUAUCCCGACAUGUGAAGUGUAAUUUAUAUGAAAUUUGCACCCAUAUAUUUUUGAUAGUUUUAGAUAUAAAUAUAUUCUGUAGUAAAGGGGUUUUCCGGCCAUAGACAUUUUAUCCCCUAUCCAAAGCAUAGGGUAUAAGAUGUCUGAUCGCGGGGGUACCAUCGCUGGAAACCAUCAUAGACGUGAAUGGAGGGGGCGUACCAUGAUGUCACGAGGGGGAGUGGCGUCACGUCUCUAUUCCCAGAAACACAGAGGUUUCCGAUACUGGAGCAGCAGCGCGUCAGAGAAUGGGGGUGCUGCAGGGAGAUCACGGGGGUCCCCUGCAAUCGGACAUCUUAUCCCCUAUCCUUUGGAUAGGGGAUAAGAUUACUAUGGCUGGAAUACCGCUUUAUUGAUGAGGUAGGAACAUAUUUAGUGGUUAUGGGACAAUUAAUGUUACCCCGCAGUAGUGACAUCUAGUGUUCUGGGUUAUAAUGACACUUACUCCACAGCGACAUCUAGAGUAUAGAAAUAAGUAGUCGUGCAAAUUAGAGGUGUCUGUUUUUGUUUUUUAAUGUUUACAUUUUUAUAUUGGAUAGAGGUGGGAUAAAAGCUCUGAAUAUAAUGUGAUCAUUUGAUUUACAGGGAAUGUGUCAUCAGAAAAAAAUGACCUAUUGUUUAAAUCAGGUUUUUAUAUUAAACAUAUUUAU